UUGACUCCGCAGUUGAGAAGCUGUAGUAUACAUCUGGUGGAGAGAGAUGCCUGGAUGGCAGACCAGUACACAGAUCAUCUGGUGGAGAGAGAUGCCUGGAUGGCAGACCAGUACACAGAUCAUCUGGUGGACAGAGAUGCCUGGAUGGCAGACCAGUACACAGAUCAUCUGGUGGAGAGAGAUGCCUACACAGAUCAUCUGGUGGAGAGAGAUGCCUGGAUGGCAGACCAGUACACAGAUCAUCUGGUGGAGAGAGAUGCCUGGAUGGCAGACCAGUACACAGAUCAUCUGGUGGAGAGAGAUGCCUGGAUGGCAGACCAGUACACAGAUCAUCUGGUGGACAGAGAUGCCUGGAUGGCAGACCAGUACACAGAUCAUCUGGUGGAGAGAGAUGCCUACACAGAUCAUCUGGUGGAGAGAGAUGCCUGGAUGGCAGACCAGUACACAGAUCAUCUGGUGGAGAGAGAUGCCUGGAUGGCAGACCAGUACACAGAUCAUCUGGUGGAGAGAGAUGCCUGGAUGGCAGACCAGUACACAGAUCAUCUGGUGGACAGAGAUGCCUGGAUGGCAGACCAGUACACAGAUCAUCUGGUGGAGAGAGAUGCCUGGAUGGCAGACCAGUACACAGAUCAUCUGGUGGAGAGAGAUGCCUGGAUGGCAGACCAGUACACAGAUCAUCUGGUGGAGAGAGAUGCCUGGAUGGCAGACCAGUACACAGAUCAUCUGGUGGACAGAGAUGCCUGGAUGGCAGACCAGUACACAGAUCAUCUGGUGGAGAGAGAUGCCUGGAUGGCAGACCAGUACACAGAUCAUCUGGUGGACAGAGAUGCCUGGAUGGCAGACCAGUGUCGAAUUCACUUAAGACAGUAUCUGAAAUGA